AUGUCCGCAAAAACCAUUGCCGUACUUGACGAGUCCGAGCUGAAGGACGGAGAGUUAAAACAGGUUGAAUUUGAAGGAGAGGGAAAGGUCCUUCUCUCACGAUUGGGCGACAAGAUCCACGCGACUAGUGCAUUCUGCACCCACUACGGUGCGCCGCUCGCGAAAGGUGUGCUCACUGCCGAUGGGCGAGUCGUAUGUCCUUGGCACGGAGCAUGCUUCAAUGUCUGUACUGGCGACAUCGAGGACGCGCCUGCGCCCAUGGCUAUCCACUCCUUCAAAGCCCAUGUCGCCGACGGAAAGAUCCACGUGACCGCGAAUCCCUCCGACACACUGAAGAACAACAUGUCUCGCCAAUCCAAGCUGCUCGCCACUGGUGUUGCCAGUGGCACGGGUGUUGUCAUCGUCGGUGGAGGUAGCGGAACCUUCCACUGUAUCGAGAGUUUGCGGGAGCAUGGCUUCAAUGGCCCAAUCACCGUCUUGUCCAAAGAGAACCACAGCCCCAUUGACAGGACGAAGCUGAGUAAAGCGCUCAUCACCGACCCCGCCAAGAUCGAGUGGCGCUCGCCCGCAGACCUCAAGACGAAGUACGGCGUUGACCUCCGCACGGGGGUGCAGGCCGAGUCCGUCGACGCGUCUGCAAAGAGCGUGCGCCUCACCGACGGCACGACCGUCCCGUACGAAACACUGGUACUUGCCACUGGCGGCGUCCCGCGCCGCCUGCCGAUCGACGGUGCAAGCCUCAGCAACGUAUACACGAUGCGCGGGGUCGACGAUGCGAAGAAGAUUGAUGCUGCAUGCCAGGAGGGCAAGAGGCUUGUCGUGAUCGGGUCCUCGUUCAUCAGCAUGGAGCUCGUCGCAGCCGUAUCCAGCAGGAAGCUCGCAUCCAUCGACGUCAUCGGGCAAGGGUCUGUUCCCUUCGAGCCCAUCCUAGGCAAGGAAGUCGGCCGCGGCCUCAUGAAGUUCCACGAGUCUAAAGGGGUGCAUUUCCACAUGAACGCGCAAGCCUCCAAGAUCGUGCCCUCGCCGGGCGACAACUCCAAGGCCGCCGCGGUCGUCGUGAAGAGUAGCGCGGGCGAGCACACCCUCCCCGCGGAUGCGGUCAUCAUGGGUGUAGGCGUCGCGCCCGCGACCGACUUCCUCAAGAGCGGGCAGAGCAAAGGCUUCGAAAGCGCGCUCGACAAGACCGGCGCGGUGCUCGUGGACGAGUACUUGAGAGUAAAGGGUCUGCAAGGCGUGUAUGCGAUUGGUGAUAUUGCGAUGUACCCACAGCCGGGUACUGGCGAGCUGCGCAGGAUUGAGCACUGGAAUGUCGCAGGUAAUCAGGGACGUGCGGCAGGGAAGACGAUCGCGGAGGGCAAGGCGCAGCCGUUUGUCAAGAUCCCUGUGUUCUGGAGUGCUCAGGGACAGCAACUCCGCUACUGCGGCGUUGGUGCUAGCUUCGAAGACGUGAUCAUCAUUGGCAACCCCGAUGAGAUGAAGGCAAGUUUCAUUGCGUACUACGUGAAGGACGACAAGGUUGUCGCCGUUGCAAGUAUGCAAAAGGACCCCGUCGUGAGCAAGGCGUCGGAACUGCUUCGGCUGGGCCUGAUGCCUUCGCCCGCGGAGCUGCGCGCUGGAAAGGAUAUCCUAACCAUCGACAUCCAGACGGUCAGCUCCAAGGCGAAGGUCGUGAAAUAA